CAGCAACAGCCACACACCCACAACAAUGGGAGGUUGAAAUGAGGAAUAUUAAAGACAUCAAUUUAGACGCAUUUAAAUAUCUGCUUGCCAUCCCACCUAGGUUUUGGUCAAGAUCUAGAUUCACUUCUAGAUCACAAUGUGACACUCUUGUGAACAACAUGUGUGAGGGCUUUAAUAGUGUGCUAGUUGAUAGUAGGUCUAAGCCUAUUAUUAGCAUGUUAGAAGACAUAAGGGUUUACAUAAUGAAGAGAUGGGCUGCCAACAGGACAAAGAUCACAUCAUAUCAAGGUUCAAUCUGUCCCAAGGUUUUUAACAGAUUUCAGAAGGAGUCCUGGUUAACUAGAUAUUGGUUACCAAGAUAUAUUACCACCAAAGAAGAGGACAAUGCCAGGAAGACCCAAGAAGAAACGAAGACUAGAGGAUUGGGAGUUGAAGAAGAAUAACAGUGAAUUAAGAAAGGGUGGGCAUAGGAAAAGAUGUGCCAUCUGCAAAGAAC